CUUAACACCACAUGUCCUCUCUUUUGCUGUCUACAGAGAGAGAUUGAUCAAACUUUUGUUUCCUAUGUCUGGAUUUACAUGACAUGGAUUAAUGACUAUAUUAACUGGGAACCCACAGAGUUUUGUGGAAUUUCAAAUAUAGCAGUUCCAAAUGAAGCUUUAUGGAAACCUGAUCUGACAAUUGAGGAGAUGAUAGAGAAGGACAAAGCCCCACCAAGUCCUCUUCUUAAAAUAUAUAAUGACGGCACAGUGUUUUAUAAGAAUGAUCAAGUGAUCAUCAGCACCUGCCAAAUGCAUGUUUACAAAUUCCCCUUUGACACUCAGAGCUGCAAUAUCACCUUCAAGUCAAUCUUACACAGCGAUGAAGAAAUAACUUUGACGGGGAAUGAAAACAAUACAGAGAUCACAAUGUGGUCUCGUCAUAUAAUGCGGACGCAGUACGAGUGGGUGUUCAUCAACAUGUCAGUCCACAAGAAAUCUGAUGACAAUUUGGGCUACAACCAAACGUCAGUCAUUUAUACCAUCACCAUGAGCAGGCAGUCUGUUCUCUAUUGUGCCAAUUUUUUGGUUCCCAUCUUGUUCCUCAUGAUUCUGGACAUGGCCUCUUUCCUUAUUCCGGAUACUGGAGGUGAAAAGCUCAGCUUCAAAGUCACUGUUCUGCUCGCAGUGACGGUGAUGCAGCUUAUUCUAAAUGAGAUUCUGCCAUCCUCAACGGACAAGAUUCCACUUGUAGGUAAAGUUAUCUGACUUAUAACUGAUUGGGGCUUGGUGUGAUGACUUUUUAUCUUUUUGGUUAAGUAUUUCUAAAAUUGCAUCUUAAAUUCAUAUCUUAGAUUUAAUUUACACAAGGUCUUUCAGUUUUAUUUUUCCUUUUUUUUUCUUUACUUAUUUUAGACAUAUUUUAACCUUAGAACAUAUAGAGCCUUACAAACUACAAAGGCACUUUAUUCUGAAACCGGAUGAGACUAAAGAGGCAGUUAAUUUUUGCAAACUUAACUUUAUACUUUAACAUGAUGUUUUUUUAAAAUAAAAAAAACAAAUCUGUUUCCCUACUAACACUGUUGUUUGCUCCCUUUAGUU